ACACACAUGGCCGGAACGAGCCCUCAGGGCAAGAGCCUGGACUUCAGCGUGUUGGAAUACGACAACUACAAUGACUACAUCCUCUCUUUCGGCACCGUCAAGGACAAUCGGUAUCUGGGCAAUCGGAAUACAACAACGAUCAUCGUCCAGCUGGGCUACCGCACCACCAAGAUUCCCUACACACAGGAGGAGUAUCGCAAGCGGGUGGACAUUGCCUUGGAGGCCAUCAGGCCCAAAGCCCUACAUUCUGGCUUGUUCGGGGAUGGCUUGUCACCGACGAGCACGGAUCCAGUGCUGCUAGGCUUUAAGUCGCGCGAGUUGCUUAACCUCAACAAGAUUAUUUCGACAAUUGCCUUCACCUCUUACAUCAGCACCGACGGAUCGGAAAUCUCCGGCUACAUCGACCUGGACAUGAGCUGGCGCAACUGCAUCCGCCAGGCUUUAAAGCACACAGAUUGGACCGCCGUCUUUGCGGGUCGCUCCCGUCUGAAGCCCAUGCCACACCAUCUGAGCUACUCGAAUCCCAGGUACAACAUGGUCAGGUACACUGACAGCGACAACUUUCUGGUGGUGCAUCACCACCGCUUUGGGCUGAUGUUCAUGCAUCGCGGUGACCACAAGAUGAUCACAGUGGGCGGCCAAACCAACUUAUACACGGGUAAUGCCAAGCGAUCGAUGGUCUACUCACCAAAGUUUGGAUACGUGGUGUUUUACGAUCACGUUGUUCGCAAGAAGGUAUAGUCCUAUUCGGUGUCAUCUUCUAAAUUUCGUGUAUAUAAUGUCAGGUAUAUUAAAGUAAAGAUAAUGUA